CUCAUCCAUAAAAAAUUAUACAAUGUAAAACCUGCAAGUUUUAGUUUUGCGUACAAAAUACCAGUAACUGAGAAGAUAUUGUUGGUGCUGCAUGUGGGACAAUGGCUGAGGUGGAAUUUAAGGCAGAUGAGUUGGAUUCCAUUAUUAAUGUGAUUGGACUGAAGCCAAGUGAUCCUCUGAAAAGUUUUGGAGGGAUCUGGUACCAGGUGUUUCUAUGGGCACUAUUCUCCUCCAUGUUUGUGCACAUCAUCGCCACGGUGAUAGCGUUCUGUCGACUGCGCAAACACAAGAUGGGAAGAUGGAUUCCUGUUGCCAUUUUCGUAGUGGGUGUGGUUUCACCGGUGACUCUAGGAGUUGUCAGCAGUGCUGCUAUUGCAUUUUUCUACCGUGCUUCUGAUGUAGAGAUGGCACCGUUUUAUGCCCUGCUGUGGGGACUGGGACAAACAAUCAUUGGAAUCAUAUUCUCCUUCACACGGAUUCUGGCAACCCUGUAACAUUUUCUUGACAAAGAUCUAUUGCUUGUGUUCAACGUAUUAAUAGUCUCAUUCUGUCAGCUUGGUGAACAUCUUUUUAUUUCAAGACUGUUCUGAUGAAAGGAUGAAUCAAACCUUGUGUGUAUGUAAUGGAAUAAGAAUGAUGCUUCGAUGUCAUGACACUGGAACCGAGGUCUGAUCUGUUUAGAAAUAGACCAGAAUGGAUUUAAACUGACCAGCAAGUAAAGUGUUAUGUUAAAGGAAAACACUGUAUUUUGUCACAUAUGUACAGUGCACUCCACGCGGAACUACCACUUUCCUCGGUGACUCGGAGGCGUUUUUAAUUUAUCGCGGAUUUCCGCCGAGUACGCAACCUUUUUCCUCGCUAAAUUUCGCCGAGUUGCACCGAGUUAAUCGUUUUCUAUGGAGGGUUUUAUUGCCGGUAGUGCCGGUUAUCGUAUCGAUUUAUUGACCUAAUCGCGGAACUCCGCGUGUUGUGCAUAGCUACUACAGUACAUUGCUUCUGUUAAAACAGUAUUAAAUAAUUAGAUAAUUAAUUUUUCAAAGUACAGUAAGUUUCUUUUCAAAAACAAUUAUCGAAAAUUUCCAUAUCAAUUUUCAUCAGCAUCGUCUAACAACUGUUGUUUUUCACAUUAUGUAAUUAAAAGAUAUACCAUA